CUUCUGAAACAGUGUAGGAAUCAUACAGUUUAUUUUUGUUUCAAAUAUAUAUGCAAGACAGUUAUUUAAGAUUACUCUAUCACGCGGUCUAGCGAAAGGGCGUUUUCCCAUCUUCGAAGAAAAAAAUUUUCUCACCGGAUCAUAGUAUCAAGCAUUAAAGUAAGAAAUAAUAUCAUUGGAUUAAUCACGCGGAUGUUUCUAGUCUUCGCCAAUCAACUGCACUGUUACAACCUGAGGGCGAAAACAUGGCUUCGGGGAGGGGCAAUGUUGAUUCGGAGUCACAUUGGAAGGCAGGCAUGUCAGACGAAAGGAUCCGCAGCUCCAGAAGUGGGUAUCGGGAUGGUCAUACGAAUGGAUACAAAAAUGGAGUCAACGGUAAAACAAACGGAAAGUCCGAACAGAAAUCCAACUGGCAGAAUGAUUUUUUUGAAUCAUUCGAGGAGACUCCUCUGCUUAUUGCCAUUCUGACUUAUCUUGGUUAUGCCAUGCUGGUUAUUGUUGGCCACAUAAGAGACUUUCUUCGAUUUUAUGGCAUAGAGAAAGACAAGAGCUGCACUGAACCUAACUUAGAGGGUUAUGUACCCCUCCUGAACUCUUGGGAGGGAUUUUUCACACGCCACAUGUACCGGCGUAUACGGGACUGUUGGAAUCGUCCUAUAGCUGGUUGCCCUGGUUCAGAGUUUGAUGUAAUGGAGAGGGUAUCAACAGACUACUUUUGGAACCUUGAGUUUACAGGCCGCAAACUCCACGUGAUGAAUUUUGGGUCGUACAACUACCUUGGGUUUGCAGAGAGCAAAACUCUUUGUAGUGGACAAGUGCAGAAUGUCACAAGGAAGUAUGGUGUGGGUGUUGGUGGCAGUCGACAAGAACUGGGCUAUAUGGACAUCCACAGAGAAUUAGAUGCAACAGUGGCAGAGUUUUUGGGGGUUGAGGCAGCCAUCACAGUGCCAAUGGGUUUUGCAACAAAUUCUAUGAACAUGCCAGCCCUUGUCAGCAAAGGCUGUCUCAUUCUAAGUGACGAACUAAACCAUGCUUCUCUUAUUUUGGGCUCUCGAUUAUCUGGUGCAGCCAUCCGUGUCUAUAAACACAACAACAUGAAGGACUUAGAGAGCAAGCUACGUGAAGCAGUUUGUCAAGGACAACCUCGCACACAUCGCCCAUGGAAAAAGAUUCUGAUCGUUGUAGAAGGUGUCUACAGCAUGGAGGGCUCCAUUGUGCGACUGCCGGAGAUUGUACAGCUUAAGAAGAAAUACAAGGCUUACAUCUACCUGGAUGAAGCACACAGCAUUGGUGCCAUGGGACCUAAUGGACGAGGUGUUGUAGACUACUUUGGCCUUGACCCUCAUGACAUUGACAUCAUGAUGGGCACCUUCACCAAGAGUUUUGGUUCCUGUGGUGGUUACAUCGGUGGAUCCAAGAGGUUGAUCCGGCACUUGCGGGCCCACUCACACAGUGCUAUCUACUCCUGUGCGAUGUCAGCUCCUGUCACCCAACAGAUCAUUGCCACUAUGAGGAUCAUCAUGGGGUUGGAUGGAGGCUUGGAAGGGCGUAAACGCAUCCAGCAGCUUAAAUGGAAUACACGCUAUUUUCGGAAACGAUUGCACGAGAAAGGCUUCAUCUUGUAUGGCAAUAAAGACUCCCCAGUAGUGCCUCUCCUCUUAUACAUGCCUUCCAAAGUUGCCCUAUUCAGCCGUGAGGCCCUAAAACGUGGGCUAGGAACUGUUGUGGUUGGUUUUCCAGCAACGCCUAUAAUUGAAGCCAGAGCUCGCUUUUGCUUGUCAGCAGCCCACACAAAAGAAAUGUUGGACAAGGCUGUAGAGAUCAUAGAUGAGGUCGGUGACAUGCUCAAAAUAAAAUAUUCUUCACUGCCAGUUCCUGAAUUCUCAGAAGAGGGAAUUCAGCUAGUGGAGUGAUCUAUAAGAAAUGUUGAAGAAUGGAGAAGAAUAACUUCUGGCCAGGGGCCAUAUUCAUGAAGCAAAGAGAAGUCGUCAUCCAAGAGAAAUCAAGGGCAAACAUAUUAUCUCCAUAGUUAUAAAGUGGCGUCCAGACUUCGCGGAUGCUGCUUUACAUUCAUGACUGUAGUUAUAAAUCAAACGAUGCCCUGAGGUAAAGUAACAUAAUGCAGUAUCCAUGGGACUGGACAGUGCACUGUAACUGCAUAGAUAAGACCUUUUCCCUUGAUUUUGCCCGUGGGUAAUGACUUUGCUUUAUAAAUACAGCCCCAGAAUUAUAAGCUGACCCAGUGCCUGAUGCUCAGUAAAAACUGACUGAAAAAUAUAUGUUAUGGAAAUCUCAGUCUUUGCUUUAGUCUUUGUUUUCAUCAAUGGGAGAGGAGAUCAGCCUGUUAAUAAUUUCAGAGCCGACAAAAAGUGUGUACUUACCUAGUACAUGAUCAUUAAGCUUGGGAAGGUUGCUAACAUGAAUUUUUUUCUUUUGUAAGUUGCCAAAAUUGUUUUUUUUUAAAUUAUGAAUUAACCCAUUUAUAUGAUUAACAUCCAGAAGUCUUAUUCCUAUAUCUUAUAUAGUGUUGCUCAUCUAGAGGACACAAGAACAAUUUUUUUACUUAACACAUCAUAUUUGAAGAAUUUUCAAAUGAUUUUUUUUCCAGUUGACGAGCAAAUUACUACAAAAUUUUAUUUGGUCUAAGUUAUUUGAAAAGUUUUCGGAUAUGUGUUUGUAAAUAGAAAAAAAGGGCUUUACAUGCAAGUCUAUGAUGUAGGUGAAGUCUUGAAGGAAAAGUAAGGAGCAUGGAGAAAUACUGUAAGAGUAAAAUAAUAAUAAUGAUGAUAAAUAGAAUCAUGAGGUUAGUUCCAUGUUUAAAAGUGUUAGACAUUUUUGCAGUCGAGAAAUGUUAACACUUUGCUUUGUUGGUUGGAUUGUAAAUUCUAAAAUGUAAACUAGACAUUUUAAAGAUACACAUUUUUUGAAUAAAAAAUUAUCCCAACUUAAGUUUUCAUAAUAAUUUUGGUUCAUUAAUGCAUUAAUUAGUUUUAUGAAUAGAAUCUUCCUUAGGAUUUUACACAACUAACUUACUUUUUCACUUAUUUUGCCUUGUGAUAAGUGCAGCUUCCAACAUUUUCUAAUUAUAUUUAAAAGAUUAUAUUUCUUGCAUUUGCAUUAUAAUACAGGUGUAAAAAAAUUGACAGGAAAAAUCUUUUGUUUGAUGUUCUUCUGAGAUGAGAUAACUGGGAUUGUUGGUUUGCAAGAUAACCUGAAACAAAAUGUGCUACCCUGUGAUAUGUUUGAGCCCCGUCACUGUUUCUGUUUCUGCUAGUUUCAAACAAUACAAUCAGGGAUGGCUAAAGCUAUAAUUAAAGUUCUUAGACACCUUGCUAAAUAGUUUUAAACAGUCAUUUUUUUUUACACAAAGCUGAUGUGUUUUUCUUGAUGAUGUGUACUGAAAAAAAUUAUCAUAUAAAUGAGAUAAGACAAAAUAUGGGACUGUUUUUGAGAAAUCUGUAUAUGUUAUGGAUACACUAUGAGGCAAUUACUGUAAUAUGAAACUUUAUUUUAGGACAGUUGUGAACUAAAUGCUUUUCUUGUUAUGUAUGUGGUGUUGAAAAUAUUUUGACACCAUGUCACUGUCUUUUUUUUCCUUUUUGUUAAAUGACGCAUAAUGAAAUACGAGUACUUAAAUCUCUGUUUCAAACAUAGUGAAAAAUAAAUUUAUCUAUCCCUUUAUGAUAGGUGACUUACCAGAAUCUUCAUAUCAUUUAAAGUAUCAUUUAUCUCUAAUCCUGUCUAAAACUUUUUGUUGCAACAUUAUAUUUGUAAUCGAAAAAAUAAGUGAGAGACCCUUGGCAGGAAAAAAAAACCCAAAGAAAUGUUAUGUCUUUUAGUGACAUUAAACAAUGCAUAUUUGUAUGUUUCUAUGCAUGUUGGUUUCAACAGAGUGUUGAUAGAUGUUGAAAUUGAAAGUAUGUGUAUUUCAGAUUCUGAAGUGCUUGGCAAACUGUUUUUGAUUGAAAUAGUUGGCAUUGCAAAAUUUCCUUACUAAACAUUUGCUUCAUGAUUAAUAAGGACUCCAUCUAGCUUUACUUUGGGCCCCACCAAACAGAGGUGACUCCAUGUUCCUUUACUAUUUGUUGAAAUAACUCAUAAUGAUGUACGAUGACUGUCAUAAUAGCAAACAAAAGCAAAAAUGAUAAUGACAUAACUACACAUGAAAUUUUGAGUAUGAAGUGAGAAAAUAAAUGCUUAUUCAGAUUAGUGUGCAUAUUUGUUUCACAUUUUAGCAAUAAUGUUUUCAUACGCCAGAUGUGUGUAUUUUUACAGAAGUAUUUAUGUGAUUUCCAUUAAUGAGAAGUAGUUAUUUUGUUUGUUUAGUUGUAUGGUGAUCAUGUUGUAUUCUAUUUCUGCUGAAAUUAAAAACUAAGCAAGGAAUAAUAAGCAGCUUUUUAUUUCAGCCUUUAACAAUGUGGUAGGGCUCUUCAUUAUGUGCUAGACAAGUUAAAAAAAGGUUUCAAACCACUUUUUUAAAAUGAGGAUUUGAGAGCCGUUUUACAAUUAUUAUUAUGAUGAUGUAUUAAUUGGUGUUCUUCUAAAAUAGGUAUUGUGACAAAAUUAAAUUAUACUGUGAGCAGUUCACAAGAAAAAAUGUAACAUUUAAAAAUAAUUCACUUGUUCUCAAAAUAUUGACUGAAUACUUCUGAAUCCUGCUUAUUAAAUCUUCAAAUAGUUUUUAGUUGGGCUUCCAUAAGUUGUAGUCAGACUGCUCAGUACAUUUGAAAGCUGUGUUAAUAAAAUAUUUCACAUGUAAACUUCUGUGUGCAUUGACUAUAACUAAGUCAUUAAAUAUUUUUUAAUUUUCUUAAUCCUGUAUUUAAAAAAAUCAUGCCAUGUUUUCUUCUAUAAUUUAUAUUGCUUAACUUUCUAAUUUGUACUGAAGUUUUUUAAUGAGGCAUUUUUUCUCAUUGUCUUUAUAAGAUUUAGCAGAGCUCAUUUUAAAGUAUCUCUGACCAUCAUAGCUGUGCAAAGGAUUAUUGAGAACUAGGUCUUGUAAACAAGGUACAGUGUUCAGCGUGUUCAAACAUAUAACAGUAAAGUUUUGCAUUUUUAAGUGGGAAGACAGGUGACAGGAAAAUUAAUACUGAUGUUCAGUAACUGGUGAAAAAAAAAGGUGAUCAUGUAGUUUUAUCAGAUUCAAAAUAACAACUAAAACCUUUGUUUACAUGCUGUUACCACAACACAACAACAGCAGAAGAUAUUCUUUAACAUUUACUUUUUGUGGUGGAAUAUUAUGACAUUAACUUUAUUCCUCAUUAUGGAAAGUGAUUCAUACUUCAAAGUUGUACAAAUGAAUUGCAACAAAAUUAUGUGAAAUGAAGAGUCAGCUUUCACCAAUUAAAGAAUCAAGAAAUAGUUUCAAAUGGGAAUCAAGCGAUUCAUAUUGUUUGCACAUAACAUGUACGGUUAUAUUUUGAAGAAGACAAAGAGAGGAAAAUGUAUAAUGUGAGAAGUAAGUAAACAUUUCUUUUUCUCCAGAAAGCAACACCUUAUACCUUCAUUUUAUUUUUUGUGUUCAUGAUUUCUUGUUCAGAUAAAUCUUAGGUUAAUCUGUGAUUUUUAUGGAUAAGAUAUGAUGGUGCUGCAGUUAGCAUUUUUAGUUAUUUUCUGCAGAAUUCUAAGACAGCAUACAUGCAUAGUUUUUGGCAUAAAGCACUUAUAAUUUGUAUGCAAACACACUGGUAAGACCCACACUUGAUCAUUUUUAGACUUUAUUUAAUAAAUGUGCCCAAAUGAGAAAUCUGUAGUAAAGAAACAAAACAUUGCUAAUAAAGAAGCUCAACAUUAGUGUAUUAUGCAUGUGGCUGGUAAUACUGAUGACAAUUCACUCCUUUUACUGAAUCUUGUGGCCAUUGUUCAGCUUUGGGUAAUAUCUGCAUGGAAAAAUUAAGCUACCAUCUUGGUAAUCAGGUAUAGCUGUUGCUCAAGAUGUGAUAAACAAAUCACCAUCAUGACACCUGUAUGCUGGAAAUAACCAUUGCAUAAUUCUAGUUCAUUAAAGGAGUACUUCAUAGAGGCCCUGUCACCACUCUGUAAGACUCCCAGAAAUGUUUUUUGUACUGUGUGUGUGUGUAAACCUGAAGAAGUUUUGAGAUUGCAUCCUUGGUUUUAUAAGAAGCCAACUUUAAAAUGUUUUCAUUAAAUCAAAACACAGCUCAGUCUUAAACUUCUUACACAUUCCCAUGCAAGUAUCAUUUUUAUAUUGAAAUAAAUGUGUUCAUUAGUUUUGAGCUUGUAAGUGGUGUUUAUGGCUUUUGAGCUGCAUUAGUGGUCCAGCAGAAUUCAGUAAAAGGGAUGAAACUUAAUUUCCUCAGUAAUAUUUAGUCAUAUGACUCUUAUUUCUGUUGCUUGAAAUUCAGGUUUUGUUUUUGUUCUUCUAACGUUGUGCAUAUUGUUUUGACCACAUAAGAUAUUGAUAAUUGCAACCAUACUUUACACUGGCAUGAUGUCUUGAGAAUAAAACCUUGUUUUGAAAAAGCA